AUGUAUAUAAUCUGGAGAAAGGAAUUACCUUUAUUUGAAAAUGCAAAAUCUAUAUUGAAUAAAUAUAGUUUAAAUAAUAAACUUUUUAAUGAGCUCCGAGAAGACAAAAGGAAGCAAAAAAUUUUUCUUUUUUUCCUACUGACAAUACUGGUCAUGUUUCUUGAACUGGCUUAUGGUACAUCUGUUAACUCGUUAGGACUAAUUUCGGAUGCUUUUCAUAUGUUGAUUGAUUCUAUGUCUAUUGCUGUAGGAUUUCUUACAGCUUAUGCCUCAUCAUGGCCACCCGAUGCGAAAACACAUUCGUUUGGGUAUUCACGGUAUGAAGUUUUGGGAGGAUUUAUAAAUGGUAUCCUACUUUUACUUAUUUCAACUCAUGUAAUGAUCGAAUCUAUUCAACGUUUUAUUGAUCCUCCAGAAAUCAACGCAUCACACAUGUUUUCUUUUUCAAUAAUCGGACUCCUUGUUAACAUAAUCGGUGUUAUUUUUUUCCAUGAUUUCCAUGCGCAUUCACACUCGCACGACUCGGACUCUUGUUGUAGUAAACAAGUGGACUGCAAUAUGCGAAGUGUAUUUUUGCAUAUUUUGGCAGAUUUACUCGGUAGUGUCAGCGUUAUUGCUUCAAGUAUUUUCGUUCAUUUAUUUAAUAUUUGGAUAGCAGACCCUAUUUGCAGUAUAUUUAGUGCAAUAUUUAUUUUUAUUUCUGCUAUUCCGUUGCUUAUAGACACCGGAAAAAUAUUAUUAUUGUCAGGUCAUGAUUCGCAUCAAAACUUUUGUGAAGUGCUACGACAAAGGAUUUAUGCAACUUCUCUUUUAUCUGAUGUAUCUUUACCUAAAUUGUGGAUUCAUUCCACGUCUCCUCAUGGAUUGUUAGUUUGCCUUGUCGAUGCUAAAUUAAAGAAUACCGAAAACUACUCUUCUGUCAAGCAUUCUCUUCAAUACUUAAUUGAAGAAACGGUGAGUGAAAAUUUUGAAAUAAAUAAGGCAAAUAUUAUUUUACAUUUAGAGUGA